UCAAACAUGUCUGAAGAAACAAAUUCAAACAAAACAAUUAAAACCGAACCGAUCGAUGAUUAUCUUCAAGUUAAACAGGAAUUCGAUGAUUAUGAAAAUACAUUAGAUUUGUAUAUGGAUGAUGAUAUAUGUCUGCAGCAGUUUCUAAAAUCUGAGGUUACAAUUGAUGAGGAAAUAAAACAAGAGACGACUGAUGACCAACAUGAUGUGACUAGUAUAAAUAAAACAGUUUUAGAUGAAAAUUCUUCUGUAUGUAACGACGAGAUCAGUGAAUCAAGUACGAUAGUCGAUAGUACAAACAAAACAUUAGAAAAAGUUUCAGGAAAAGAUAAGACAACUAGUAAGUUUAAAUACAAAUGUAAAUCAUGCAGUAAAAUAUUUGUAUCCAAACGUAACUUGAAACAACAUGAAAGGAUCCAUACUGGAGAACGGCCUUAUGAGUGUAAAAUAUGCAAUAAAACAUUUUCGCAGUCAAGUACUUUAAGACAGCACUUAUCAGUUCAUACUGGAGAACGGCCUCAUGAGUGCAAAAUAUGCAAUAAAAGAUUUUCACAGUUAAGUAAUUUAAGACAGCAUUUAUCAGUGCAUACUGAAGAACGACUUUACGCAUGUGAUAUAUCGGUCCAUUCUGGAGAACGCUCUUAUGAGUGCAAAAUAUGCAAUAAAAAAUUUUCACAGUUAAGUAAUUUAAGACAGCAUUUAUCAGUUCAUACUGGAGAACGUACUUAUGUGUGCGAAAUAUGCAAUAAAACAUUCACAGCAAAAAAUAGCUUAAUCCUACAUGAAAUGAUCCAUACUGGAGAACGGCCUCAUGAGUGCAAAAUAUGCAAUAAAAGAUUUGCACUGAUAGUUAGUUUAAGAAAGCAUUCAUCAGUGCAUACUGAAGAACGCGCUUAUGAAUGUGAAAUAUGCAAUAAAAAAUUGAAAACAAAACAAACAUUAACUCAACAUAAAAUAGUACAUACUGGGGAACGGCCUUAUGAGUGUAAUAUAUGCAAUAAAACAUUUUCACAGUCAAGUAGUUUAAGACAGCAUUUAUCAGUGCAUACUGAAGAACGACCUUAUCCAUGUGAUAUAUGCAAUAAAAGAUACAAAACAAAAGAUAUAUUAAUGCGACAUGAAAGAGGACAUACAACUCAUCACCAGUUUGUUUAUUAUAACCUACAAACUUCAAACAUGUCUGAAGAAACAGAUUUUAACAAAACAAUUAAAAUUGAACCGUUCGAUGAUUAUCCUCAAGUGAAACAGGAAUUCGAUGAUUGUGAAAAUACAUUAGAAUUGUAUAUGGAUGAUGAUAUAUGUCUGCACCAAUUUUUAAAAUCUGAGGUUACAAUUGACGAGGAAAUAAAACAAGAAACGAUUGAUAACCAACAUGAUAUGACUAACACAAACAAAACAGUUUCAUAUGAAAGUUCUUAUAUAUGCGAUGAAGAGGUCAAUAAUUCAUGUAAUUUAGUCGAUAGCACAAACAAAUCAUUUGAAGGAGUUUCAGCAAAAACUAAUAACUUGAAACCAUAUAAAUGUGAAUCAUGCAAUAAAACAUUCACAGCAAAACAAAACUUACAAAAACAUGAAAUGAUUCACACUGGGGAACGCCCUCAUGAGUGCAAAAUAUGCAAUAAAAGAUUUUCACAGGCAGGUAAUUUAAGAAAGCAUUUAUCAGUGCAUACUGAAGAACGCGCUUAUGAUUGUGAAAUAUGCAAUAGAAAAUUCAAAACAAAAGAAAACUUAAUUAAACAUAAAGUGGUCCACACUGGAGAACGGUCUCAUGAGUGCAAGAUAUGCAAAAAAACAUUUUCACAAUCAAGGAAUUUAAGACAGCAUUUAUCAGUGCAUGCUGAAGAACGACCUUACGCAUGUGAUAUAUCGGUCCAUUCUGGAGAACGCUCUUAUGAGUGCAAAAUAUGUAAUAAAACAUUUUCACGGUUAAGUCAUUUAAAAAGACAUUUAUCAGUUCAUACUGGAGAACGGCCUCAUGAGUGCAAAAUAUUGCAUACUGAAGAAAGACCUUAUGAAUGUAAGACAUGCAAUAAAACAUUCAAAACAAAACCUGCAUUAAUGCGACAUGAAAGAGGACAUACUAGAGAACAAACUGUAAUUAAAAAGUCAACAAAUUAG